AUGCAGUUUUUUGGCAUGGAAGAGGACGCCGAGAAUAAUUUGCCACCUGUUCCAAAGAGUUCACUAGGACUGAACUGGCCUGGCACCGCCUGGGUGGGUGCUGGUCUACAUACUGGCGAGGUGUCGCUAGUGCAGUCAGCAACUGUCCCAGAGAGUUCGCUAGGACUGAACUGGCCUGGCACCGCCUGGGUGGGUGCUGGUCUAAAUACUGGCGAGGUGCCGCAAGUGCAGUCGGCAACUGGCCCAGAGAGUUCGCUAGGACUGCACUGGCCUGGCACUGCCUGGGUGGGUGCUGGUCUAAAUACUGGCGAGGUGCCGCAAGUGCAGUCAGCAACUGUCCCAGAGAGUUCGCUAGGACUGCACUGGCCUGGCACCGCCUGGGUGGGUGCUGGUCUAAAUACUGGCGAGGUGCCGCAAGUGCAGUCGGCAACUGUCCCAGAGAGUUCGCUAGGACUGCACUGGCCUGGCACCGCCUGGCCUGGCACCGCCUGGGUAGGUGUUGGUCUAAAUACCGGCGAGGUGUCGCUAGUGCAGUCGGCAACUGUCCCAGAGAGUUCGCUAGGACUGCACUGGCCUGGCACCGCCUGGGUGGGUGCUGGUCUAAAUACUGGCGAGGUGCCGCAAGUGCAGUCGGCAACUGGCCCAGAGAGUUCGCUAGGACUGCACUGGCCUGGCACUGCCUGGGUGGGUGCUGGUCUAAAUACUGGCGAGGUGCCGCAAGUGCAGUCAGCAACUGUCCCAGAGAGUUCGCUAGGACUGCACUGGCCUGGCACCGCCUGGGUGGGUGCUGGUCUAAAUACUGGCGAGGUGCCGCAAGUGCAGUCGGCAACUGUCCCAGAGAGUUCGCUAGGACUGCACUGGCCUGGCACCGCCUGGCCUGGCACCGCCUGGGUAGGUGUUGGUCUAAAUACCGGCGAGGUGUCGCUAGUGCAGUCGGCAACUGUCCCAGAGAGUUCGCUAGGACUGCACUGGCCUGGCACCGCCUGGGUGGGUGCUGGUCUAAAUACUGGCGAGGUGCCGCAAGUGCAGUCGGCAACUGUCCCAGAGAGUUCGCUAGGACUGCACUGGCCUGGCACUGCCUGGGUGGGUGCUGGUCUAAAUACUGGCGAGGUGCCGCAAGUGCAGUCGGCAACUGGCCCAGAGAGUUCGCUAGGACUGCACUGGCCUGGCACCGCCUGGGUGGGUGCUGGUCUAAAUACCGGCGAGGUGCCGCAAGUGCAGUCAGCAACUGUCCCAGAGAGUUUGCUAGGACUGCACUGGCCUGGCACCGCCUGGGUGGGUGCUGGUCUAAAUACUGGCGAGGUGCCGCAAGUGCAGUCGGCAACUGUCCCAGAGAGUUCGCUAGGACUGCACUGGCCUGGCACCGCCUGGGUGGGUGCUGGUCUAAAUACUGGCGAGGUGCCGCAAGUGCAGUCGGCAACUGGCCCAGAGAGUUCGCUAGGACUGCACUGGCCUGGCACCGCCUGGGUGGGUGCUGGUCUAAAUACCGGCGAGGUGCCGCAAGUGCAGUCGGCAACUGUCCCAGAGAGUUUGCUAGGACUGCACUGGCCUGGCACCGCCUGGCCUGGCACCGCCUGGGUAGGUGUUGGUCUAAAUACCGGCGAGGUGUCGCUAGUGCAGUCGGCAACUGUCCCAGAGAGUUCGCUAGGACUGCACUGGCCUGGCACCGCCUGGGUGGGUGCUGGUCUAAAUACUGGCGAGGUGCCGCAAGUGCAGUCGGCAACUGUCCCAGAGAGUUCGCUAGGACUGCACUGGCCUGGCACCGCCUGGGUGGGUGCUGGUCUAAAUACUGGCGAGGUGCCGCAAGUGCAGUCAGCAACUGUCCCAGAGAGUUCGCUAGGACUGCACUGGCCUGGCACCGCCUGGGUGGGUGCUGGUCUAAAUACUGGCGAGGUGCCGCAAGUGCAGUCGGCAACUGGCCCAGAGAGUUCGCUAGGACUGCACUGGCCUGGCACUGCCUGGGUGGGUGCUGGUCUAAAUACUGGCGAGGUGCCGCAAGUGCAGUCAGCAACUGUCCCAGAGAGUUCGCUAGGACUGCACUGGCCUGGCACCGCCUGGGUGGGUGCUGGUCUAAAUACUGGCGAGGUGCCGCAAGUGCAGUCGGCAACUGUCCCAGAGAGUUCGCUAGGACUGCACUGGCCUGGCACCGCCUGGCCUGGCACCGCCUGGGUAGGUGUUGGUCUAAAUACCGGCGAGGUGUCGCUAGUGCAGUCGGCAACUGUCCCAGAGAGUUCGCUAGGACUGCACUGGCCUGGCACCGCCUGGGUGGGUGCUGGUCUAAAUACUGGCGAGGUGCCGCAAGUGCAGUCGGCAACUGUCCCAGAGAGUUCGCUAGGACUGCACUGGCCUGGCACUGCCUGGGUGGGUGCUGGUCUAAAUACUGGCGAGGUGCCGCAAGUGCAGUCGGCAACUGGCCCAGAGAGUUCGCUAGGACUGCACUGGCCUGGCACCGCCUGGGUGGGUGCUGGUCUAAAUACCGGCGAGGUGCCGCAAGUGCAGUCAGCAACUGUCCCAGAGAGUUUGCUAGGACUGCACUGGCCUGGCACCGCCUGGGUGGGUGCUGGUCUAAAUACUGGCGAGGUGCCGCAAGUGCAGUCGGCAACUGUCCCAGAGAGUUCGCUAGGACUGCACUGGCCUGGCACCGCCUGGGUGGGUGCUGGUCUAAAUACUGGCGAGGUGCCGCAAGUGCAGUCGGCAACUGGCCCAGAGAGUUCGCUAGGACUGCACUGGCCUGGCACCGCCUGGGUGGGUGCUGGUCUAAAUACCGGCGAGGUGCCGCAAGUGCAGUCGGCAACUGUCCCAGAGAGUUUGCUAGGACUGCACUGGCCUGGCACCGCCUGGGUGGGUGCUGGUCUAAAUACUGGCGAGGUGUCGCAAGUGCAGUCGGCAACUGUCCCAGAGAGUUAG